AUGAAGAAAUAAAAUAAACAAAAACCAGAAAACUUGAGCAGAGAGAAUGGAAUCCAGCUUCUCUCUCUCUCUCUCUUCUCUCUCUCUCUCUCACACACACACACAGUGCAGAGUGCAGAAUAACAGAUUAACAACAACAACAUUCCACAUCUAAAAAAACCCACAUCCCCAAAAAACAUUCCCCCACCAUUUUCUCUUUCCAAUCGCAGAAAUCCCCAAAUCGAAGCAGUUACCUCCAUUAUGAGACGAUGACGAUGUCUUCCGACCAUCCUCCGCCGCCGCCGACGACCACCACCGUCCGGAAGCUUAUCGUCGAGGUGAUUGAGGCGCGUGAGCUUCUCCCGAAAGAUGGGCAGGGCAGCUCCAGCCCGUACGUGGUGGCGGAUUUCGACGGCCAGAAACGGCGGACCUCCACCGUGGUGAAGAAUCUGAAUCCGGUGUGGAAUGAAGGGUUGGAGUUCGUUGUUACAGACCCGAAAACAAUGGAGUUCGAGGAGCUGAAUGUUGAGGUUUUCAAUGAUAAGAAGCUGAGCAAUGGCAACGCGAGAAAGAAUCAUUUUCUGGGGAGGGUGAAAUUGUACGGUUCUCAGUUUGUUAGAAGAGGGGAGGAAGGGUUGGUUUAUUUUACUUUGGAGAAGAAGAGUGUGUUCAGUUGGAUUAAAGGUGAUUUGGGUUUGAAGAUUUAUUACUACGAUGAGAUCGCCGAGGAGCCGCCGCUGGAGGAGGCGGCGCCGCCGCCGCCGCAGGAGGGGGAGCAGGCGCCGGAGGAGGUGAUGAAGAAGCCGGUGUUGGUGGUUUUGGAAGAGCCGCCCCCACCACCGUCGAUGCAGUUUCCGACGACGCAUCAUGUAGCGAUGGACCCGCGGCAGCAUUCGCCACCUAUGGUUGUCAGGUUUCACGAGGCUCCGCCGCAGGAGAAUGGUCAUGGUCAUGGUCCUCCGCCGGAGAAUGGUCCGCCGCCGCCGCCGCCUGGAUUCUCGCCGGAUUUGAGAAAAAUGCAGAUGGGGAGCAAUGGUGUGCCUGUCCCACCCCCGACCAUGGACGGAGAGAGGGUGAAGGUGAUGCGGCGCCCGUCGAACGGGGAUUACUCGCCCAGGAUAAUCGCCGGGAAAUCCGCCGGAGAUACGUCGGAGAAAUUUCAGGCGUUCGAUUUGGUCGAGCCGAUGCAGUACUUGUUCGUGAGAAUAGUGAAAGCCCGUGGUCUAUCCCAGAACGAAAACCCACACGUGAAAAUCCGCACUUCCGGCCAUUUCCUCCGGUCAAAGACGGCGGUCAUUCCGCCGGGAACCGAUUCGCCGGCCAACCCCGAGUGGCAGCAAGUGUUCGCCCUGGGCUACAACAAGGAAACCGCCGCCAACUCCACGCUCGAAAUAUCCGUCUGGGACGGCGGCACGUCGGAGAAAUUCCUCGGCGGCGUCUGCUUCGAUCUCUCCGACGUGCCCGUGCGUGACCCGCCGGACAGCCCCCUGGCCCCACAGUGGUACCACCUGGAAGGCGGCGCCGCCGCCGAAGACCAGAACAGAAUCUCCGGCGAUCUGCAGCUGUCAGUGUGGAUCGGAACGCAGGCCGACGACGCGUUCCCGGAAUCGUCAAGCGCAGACGCGCCGCAGCCGUACGUGUCGUACACGCGCCCGAAAGUGUACCAGGCCCCGAAACUAUGGUACCUCAGGGUAACCAUCCUCGAAGCACAGGAUCUCCACAUAAUCCCCAAUCUACCCCCGUUGACCGCCCCAGAGAUUCGGGUCAAAGGUCAACUCGGGUUUCAAUCUGCCCGUACCCGGAGAGGAUCCAUGACCCACCACACCUCCGCAUUCCACUGGAACGAAGACCUCUUCUUCGUCGCCGGCGAGCCACUCGAAGACAGCCUCAUCUUACUAGUCGAAGACCGCACCGGAAAAGAUCCAGUGCUCCUCGGCCACAUCCUAAUACCCGUGGGGUCUAUCGAGCAGCGAAUCGACGAUCGCCACGUGGCACCGAAGUGGCACGGCCUUGAAGGCGGCCCCGGAGGUGGAGGCGGCUCGUACUGCGGUAGGGUCCACUUGAGAAUGUGCUUGGAGGGUGGGUACCACGUGCUUGACGAAGCAGCCCAUCUUUGCAGCGAUUUCAGACCAACCGCAAAGCAGCUGUGGAAGCCUGCUGUUGGUGUAUUGGAGCUCGGAAUUCUCGGCUGUAGGGGAUUGCUGCCCAUGAAGUCGAAGGGCAACGGAAAAGGGUCCACGGAUUCUUACUGUGUGGCCAAGUACGGCAAGAAGUGGGUCCGCACCCGCACUGUGACCGACACCUUCGACCCGAGGUGGAACGAGCAGUACACGUGGCAGGUCUACGACCCGUGCACCGUUCUGACGAUAGGCGUUUUCGACAACUGGCGCAUGUUCGCCGAACCCGGCGGCGGCGGAGGAGAGGAGAAGCCGGACUGCCGGGUCGGAAAAGUCCGGAUCCGGGUAUCCACAUUGGAGAGCAACAAGGUGUACAUGAACUCGUACCCGUUGAUGGUCCUGUCGCGGAGCGGGUUGAAGAAGAUGGGCGAGGUCGAGCUGGCCGUCCGGUUCGCCUGCCCGUCCAUGCUGCCCGACACGUGCGGGGUCUACGGGCAGCCGCUGCUGCCCCGCAUGCACCACCUCCGCCCCCUGGGGGUUGCCCACCAGGAGGCGCUGCGUGGUGCGGCCGCCAGGAUAGUGGCGGCCUGGCUGGCCAGGUCCGAGCCGCCGCUGGGCCCGGAGGUGGUCCGGUACAUGCUGGACUCGGACUCGCAGAGCUGGAGCAUGAGGAAGAGCAAGGCGAACUGGUUCCGGAUCGUGGCCGUUUUGGCGUGGGCCGUAGGGUUGGCCAAGUGGUUGGACCAUAUCCGGAGAUGGAAGAAUCCGGUUACGACGGUAUUGGUGCACGUUUUGUACUUGGUCCUUGUUUGGUACCCGGAUUUGAUUGUGCCGACGGGUUUUCUCUACGUGUUCUUGAUUGGGGUUUGGUACUACCGUUUCAAACCGAAAAUACCCGCGGGCAUGGAUGUGAAGCUCUCGCAAGUGGAUAGGAUCGACCCGGAUGAAUUGGACGAGGAGUUCGAUACUUUCCCAAGUUCGAGGCCGCCCGAGAUUGUGCGGGUCCGGUACGAUAGGUUAAGGGUGUUGGCGGCUAGGGUGCAGAUGGUUUUGGGUGAUAUUGCGACGCAGGGUGAGAGAAUCCAGGCACUAGUUAGUUGGAGGGACCCGAGGGCGACAAAAUUGUUUAUAGGGGUGUGUCUUGCAAUAACAAUAAUAAUGUACAUUGUGCCGGCGAAAAUGGUGGCGGUGGCACUAGGGUUCUACUUUCUACGGCACCCGAUGUUUAGGGAUCCGAUGCCGCCGGCGAGUUUGAGUUUUUUCAGGAGGCUUCCGGGUUUGGCUGAUAGGUUACUGUAGACUACUACUAGUGCUGUAAUAGUGUAGUGUGUUUAGAAAAAGAACAAAAAAAAAAACACCAGAAAUUGUGGGAGUGGUGGGGAAGGACUUUUUUGAGGUAUUUCAAGAACCCUUUUUUCAAGAAAGGGGAUUUGAUUUGAUUAUUAUUAAUGCCUUUUGAUUUGUUGGCAAUUGAGUUUUAUUGACCAACUGUUGAAAUAAGGGGUAACGAAAAUGGUGGUGGAGAUAAUUUGUAAUUUUUGUCGUCCAAAGUGCAGACAUUGAUUUUCCAUUAGA